AUGACGGUUACUAGCCUGGUUAUGCAGAACCGCCGAGGCCAUGCCUCCGGGAAGCGUCCACUGCGUCUCCCCAUCAUCGCACCCAAAGAGGAGGUUGCAGGAAAGUCAGAGAAGAGCUUGGUUGCUCCUCCGCGCAUUCGCCUCCCACCACGCUCCCGGACUGGUUGCUGGUAUGAUUCCUCUCGUUACUGGGCUACCGUCCAAUUCCUGGCCAAAGCUAACUGUUCCACAGGACAUGCCGCAGUCGCAAAGUCAAAUGUGAUGAAGGUCACCCCCCAAUGCAAUCAAUGUACUCGCCUCGGCCAUGUCUGCGACUACCGGCCUCGUCUAGCCUUUCGCGAUGACACUCCCCGCAUCAUGGGCCGCAUGUCAGACGUGAAGACUGCGGGAAACAUUGUGUGGGAUUUAUCUUCACCAACACCCAGUGAAGACAGCCGAUCGGAUUAUUUCUCUUCAAGGGAUUCUCUCCCGCCCUUCUCGCUCCUUACCUCGGAUGAGGACCGGGAGAAGAAGGCCGAGGCUUCUGCUCCGGGUACCUUCCAUGUGGUCGUGGUUCCCGAUAGCUUCGCGACGCUGCCAGAAUAUUCCGAUGAUACCGACAAGCUCUCGCUUCAUGAGAUUCCCGAAUAUAAUCCAACGGCCAACAGCCCCACCACGAGCCGGGCUGGAAGCGACGUUGAGCAUGAUCCUAAUGUGGUCAUCCUAAAGACCUUCGAGGAUGUCAGCCGCCGGUCUCCUUCCAGUAAAUCAAGGGUUUCCCCUACAUCUGAGAUAUCUGACCCCUUCUGUGCCCUCUCUCUAUCCCCCUCUCUCGACCCGCUCCCAUCUCCAGCCAUUGCAGAGGAAGAUCUGGCUCAAUUCCUCGAGUUCCCUGUGCAACCAAGCCAGGAUUUCACUCUUUUCAGCCAUUUCCGCCAUGUGGUUUGGAAACAAUUGUUUCCGCACGAUCGGCAACAAGAUGCUUCUUAUGGUUAUGAGAGCAGUGGCAUGAGCUUGAAUGUGGAUUUCAUCGAGCGGGAGGCUGCCCGCUUUCCUCCUCUUUCACAUGCUAUCAUGGUUGUUUCGGCCCUGAGUCUCGCUCACAGCGGCACAGGCCACAAUGUCGAUGCGCUGCAGUACUACCAGCAGGCAUUCCCCUCCCUCCAAAAUAGUAUCCGCAAUGACGAUGAUCUCGUCUCGGACGGCCUUUUCCUGACUCAUUUCCUGCUUCUGAUCUAUGAGGUUGCUGCUGCUGAGCCGCACGGCUCCAAUCUCUGGUCGCACCAUAUCUCCCGUCUCCUUCACAUUUCAUUCCUCCGGAAGGCCCAUUUUGGCAGAGAGCCCCACCCAUUCAUCAUCUGGUGGGUUUGCCACAUUGAUCUGUAUGCUCUCUUCAGCGGAGCUGGGAACGGCGAGUUUGUACGCUCUAUCAUGGACAACCAGAUGCUCCCUGGCUACGAGUGCCUUUGCUACCCUUCCAAUGCAGAGGGCUUCAGCGUUAUCUACCCUAAAGAGGCUGAUAGCUUGCCUGUCAUGAUGCACCUGUAUGCUGAGACUUUCAAACUGGCCGCUCAGCUCGGGUUCCUUGGUGCUCAGCUUCGCCAGGAAAGGCGGUCCAUGUCAUACGCGGACUUUAACCAGCGCUCCAAGGAAAUUGGCGAUCUGCGACAAGCAUUCAGCCGCUUGUGGGAGUCUCCCGAUGUUGCUUUCUGGCAACAGCAUCAAGAUAACCUCCCCCGGCGAUCCCAAGAGAUCAUGCAACAGUCAGCUACGCUCUUCCACACAUGCAACCUGUUCUCCUAUACUAGCAUGUGGCCCGGUCAGCGUCUCGAAUCGGAAUACUCGACAUCCGGCGAAAUUGACCACCACGCAUCAGAGAUCCUGCGCAUCGCCGAGCGAACGAACAGUACUCGUCGCGCCGACCGCCACUUUUUGGUGUUCCCGCUGUUUCUGGCUGGGGCUACCGUUUCAGCCAGCGGUCUCAAGAUGAUGGCGAUGGAGCUGAUGACUGGGAUGGAAGACGAAGAGGAUGGCAUGGGCCGUAACGCAGCCACCACUCGUGCCAUCCUCCAAACCGUCUACGAGCGCCAAUUGGAGCGGCUCAUGCGCGUCGGUCACACUCUCGAUGUGGAGUGGGCCGAUUUGAUGGCCCAGGAGAGGCUGCAGAUGGUUAAUUUUGGAUUUUAG